CCCAACACGUCCCAUCACUAAUCUGAUAAAUCUUGCAGAGAUUAACGCCAUUUUCUCCUGCGUUCUCUUUCUUUCUUCGAGCCACUUGUGUUUUGGCUUAGACGCCACUCUUUCCUCCGUGCCAGCUCUGCGUUAAUCAUCUUCCUCCUCGCUGUACCAAUCUCUUGCUGCGUUUGGGGGGAGCAAAGCGAGCGAGAGGCCGUGAUGGCGGCGGCGGCGGCGGCGGUGCUGCACGCGCUGGUGGCGCUCAGCCUCGCCGGCGCGGUCGCGGCGGCAGGAAGAGGCGGGGAGCAGCCGCUGUCGAGGAUCGGCAUCCACCGGACCACCUUCGCGAUCCAGCCGGGUGCCUCCGUCGACGCCUCGCCGCUCCUCCUCGGCCUCGAGGGACAGGACAGAGAAUGGGUGACUCUUACCUAUAACAACCCCAAGCCAUCGAAGGAUGAUUGGAUUGGGGUGUUCUCUCCUGCUAAUUUCAGUGAUUCUACUUGUCCAUCAGAGAGCCAAUGGGUUGAACCACCACUUCUAUGUACAGCUCCCAUAAAGUUUAUAUUUGCAAACUACAAGAAUCUUGACUAUGAGAAGACAGGAAAGGGAUCCAUGAAGCUUCAGCUAAUCAAUCAGAGGGAGGAUUUUUCAUUUGCAUUGUUUUCUGGAGGCCUCUCAAAUCCAAAGCUCAUUGCACACUCAAAGAGAGUAACCUUCACGAACCCAAAGGCCCCUGUGUACCCACGCCUAGCGCAAGGAAAAUCCUGGAAUGAAAUGACAGUGACUUGGACAAGUGGAUAUGGCACCAAUGAGGCUACACCAUUUGUCAAAUGGGGCCUACAAGGGCAAAUCCAAAGCCUUUCUCCUGCAGGCACCCUUACGUUCAGUCGCAGCACUAUGUGCGGUCCUCCUGCUAGGACAGUUGGAUGGCGCGAUCCUGGUUUCAUACAUACAAGUUUCCUCAAGGAUCUGUGGCCUAAUUUCAAGUAUACAUACAGAAUUGGGCAUCGGCUAUCAGAUGGCUCUAUUAUUUGGGGACAUGAGUAUAGCUUCCAAGCACCUCCUUAUCCAGGGGAAGACUCUUUGCAGCGUGUAGUCAUUUUUGGAGAUAUGGGGAAGGCUGAGGCCGAUGGUUCAAAUGAGUUCAAUGACUUCGAGCCUGGUUCACUGAACACGACCUACCAGCUAAUUAAAGAUUUGAAGAAUAUUGAUAUGGUAAUACAUAUUGGGGACAUCUGCUAUGCCAAUGGUUAUCUGUCACAAUGGGAUCAAUUUACCGCACAAGUUGAACCCAUUGCAUCCAGUGUGCCUUACAUGGUUGGAAGCGGCAACCAUGAAAGAGAUUGGCCUGGAUCAGGUUCCUUCUAUGGGAAUUUGGAUUCAGGUGGUGAAUGCGGUGUACCAGCUCAGAAUAUGUUCUACGUGCCAGCAGAGAACCGUGAGCAAUUCUGGUACUCGAUAGACUACGGCAUGUUCCGUUUCUGCAUAGCCAACACCGAGCUCGACUGGAGGCCAGGCACCGAGCAGUACAAGUUCAUCGAGCACUGCUUCUCCUCCGUCGACCGGCAGAAACAGCCGUGGCUCAUCUUCCUCGCCCACCGUGUUCUCGGCUACUCAUCAGCUAGCUUCUACGUCGAGGAGGGCACAACCGAGGAGCCCAUGGGCAGGGAGAGCCUCCAGCCGCUCUGGCAGAAGUACAAGGUCGACAUCGCCAUGUACGGCCAUGUCCAUGGCUACGAGAGAACCUGCCCAGUCUACGAGAAUGUGUGCGUGGCGAAGGCGGCGAGCCACUACAGCGGCGCGUUCACGGCGACGACGCACGUGGUGGUGGGCGGCGGCGGGGCGAGCCUGGCGGACUACGCCGGCGUACGGGCGCGGUGGAGCCACGUCCAGGACCGGGACUACGGGUUCGCCAAGCUGACGGCCUUCAACCACACGGCGCUGCUGUUCGAGUACGUCCGGAGCCGCGACGGCAGCGUGCACGACAGCUUCACCGUCUCCCGCGACUACCGCGACAUCCUCGCCUGCGGCGUCGACAACUGCCCCACCACCACCCUGGCCUCGUGAGGAUCUCGCCGAAGCUCAGGUUGCUUACUGCUGCUGUGCCGUAAGCCAAUUUGUACAUUGUGACAUUGAGAAUUUGGGAUGCUUGGCUUAUCAAUCCAAUUUGAUCUGAGACUGAAA